UUGCUACCUCAUAAUACGAGCAGAGUGAGAGCUCUUCCGCCGAGCAGAGGGAGGACGAGCGGAGUGGCAGAGGGAAAAUGUCUCCGUUUUCAAAGUCGUUGACAUUGUCAGGCAGGAGAAUAGUUGCAGCUUGUGUACGGCACCGCUCCUCUCUUACAACUGAGCUGAUUGAAAACAUGGAUAAGAAAGCAACCUGGGACCGCUUCUACACUGAGAGCAGCAGUGGGUCAGCCACCUUUAAAAACUUCGAGUGGUUCUUCGGCUUUGACGCUGUCCGAGACUUCAUCAUGCCCCUUUUGCAGACCAAGUCCCACCCAGAUUCUCUGCUCCGAGUGUUGGAUAUGGGCUGCGGCACUUCUGCUUUAGGGCCCUGUAUUUACAGACACUCUCCUCUCCCGGUCCGGGUCACGUGUGCUGACAUUUCCCCCGUAGCUGUGCGACUUAUGCAGGAACACGUCCGAGCCAAAGCCAUUCAACCUCACAAUCCUUCUUCUCAGCUCGAGUUUGCGGAGCUGGACUGCACACAGCUUCACAAGCACUAUUCUCCUACCAGCGUGGACCUCAUAGUUGACAAGGGCACCACAGACGCCUUGUUGAGGUCUAAGGAAGGGAAAGGGAAGGCCGGGCUGGUGCUGAAGCAGUGUUUGAAGGUGUUGCGGAGCUCAGGAUCUCUGCUCCAGUUCUCAGAUGAGGACCCUGAUGUCAGGCUGCUGUGGCUGGAGACUGAGGCACAGGAGCAGGGGGUGAUGGCAGCAGAUGUUGGGGUGCAGGAGGUCGGGGAGCUGAGGGGAGUGUGUUACUACUGCUACCAAGUGACUCCUCGCACUGAUGUAUAGCAGGGUCGUAAUAUCAAAUGAGUAAAUUAUUAAAACACGAUUGUAAAAAA